AUGGUGGAAGUUCUAAAGUGUGAAGAGAAGUCUGUGAUGACAUCUGGUUUCAUAAAAACAUUUUGGAACAAAGCAAGAAUGGAUAUCAAACUAAAAUAUACUGGGAAGUGGUACGCAGCUGCGAAGAAAGAUCCUGAGGGUGUUUUCCUGCAUGAUAACAUUGAAGUGGAGUACACUGUUACAGAAAAUAGUACUCUAAUAUCCUCAUCUAAGGGAAGAUUGAGACUUUUUGGAUUCUGGAUGCUUUGUGCAGAUAUGACUGCAGAGUUUAUAGUACCUGACCCUUCCAUCCCCGCUAAAAUGGUGAUGACUUACCAGGGCAUAGCCAGCUACUUAUUUAGUGGAGGUGAUAACUACUGGGUCAUUGACACAGACUACAACAAUUAUGCCAUCACCUAUACUUGCCGUACCUUACACAAAGAUGGAACCUGCAAGGAUGGCUAUUCCUUUGUCUUCUCUCGUUACUUACACAACUUUUCUCCAACCAUCCAGCGUACUAUUCGAAAGAAACAGGAACAGAUUUGUUUGGCAGGACAGUUUAAACCAGUGUUACAGUCUGCUCUUUCAGAGAAAGACAAGCUGCAAGGGUUGUCACAGUUAUUGGAUUAUGCGAGUAAGGAAUCUGUGGUAGUGAAUGUCUGGACUUUGCUGAUUGAAAGAAUGGAAGAACGAACCUGA